AUGUCUGAUAUCGAACAAGCAUCUAUCAUAAACGAUAAAGAAAGGCAUAAUACGAAACAAGAGAAAUUAUGGCAAGAACUUCAACUCGAUUUUCAUCUUCAAUCUUACAGAUUUCCUGAUAAUAAAAUCUAUGGAACGGUAACAAUCACUCCUGAAUCAUCUCGGAAGCUAAUUGAGAAAUUUAUCUUAGUUGUAAAUAAAACCAAUCGCGUAGAAUUUAAUCGUCAAUACGAAACGAUUGCAGCAUCGGGUUUGAACACCAAACGAAAGUUUCCACAGGCAUAUGUUGAAGCCAUUCCGAUGAACAGAGAAUGGUCGGGAGUACCAAAACGAUCGAAAACUCGUUAUUUCUUUUUCACUGGUCGAGUGUUUACUUUGAGUCCCAAUAUAACUUUCGAAUGGCAUAAAGAUCUCGAAAAACCGCAUGCAUAUCUGAUUAUAGAAUGGUAUCAUCUUGGUGACAAUCAUGCUCAGAAAUAUGUUCUCUACUUAGACAAUCUCGAUAUUCAACACAUACGACAAAAACAAAUUAGAGACGCAUUUCAUGUGAAGAUUGGCGAAUUCAAACCAGGAGAAAGACAUACACUCGAACUAGUAGCACAAUUGAAUAAUGGAAAAGAAACAUAUCGAUCUGAUUUAAUGCAAUUCACUGUACCCAGUCAUGAAACUCAAGAAGAUGCAGAAUUCAUUACUGUUGUCAAUAAGCCUGCACCGCGUAAUCUACAAAUUAUUCUUCCGCCUGAAGAAGAAGAAGAAGAAAAACCAUCUACACCUGAAAUCACUUCUAUUCCGGAAGAGAAAGUUCAACCUACAAACAUCUCUACUCCAAAAUGCUGUGCUAACUGUAAACACGCUCCACACGACAAAUUUCCUGGUAUUGAACAUUAUUUCAUUGAUUCAACAAAUACAUUCGAAGAAUAA